UGCUCGUGCUGUACUUUGGGAAGCAGUGCAGUAUAAAAGUCUUCAGUCUGCUCAGAGCUAGAUAUUUUGGUUGAUCUUCAGCUUGCAGUGUAUAAACCCAUUCCUCUCUGUUUUUUCUUUUUAUUCUUCCACUUUUCCUUUUCCUCCCUUCCUUCUCCUCAAGGACAUAGACUGGCAAUAUUUUUCACAACUGGGUGAAGCUAGAAAUCCGAGCAGAUGCCUGUGCCACCACCGCCGCCACCUCCUCCUCCACCACCUCCACCGCCACCUUCGGGAGGGCCCCCUCCACCACCGCCACCUUCGGGAGGGCCCCCUCCACCACCACCACCACUGGCAAGCUCAGAGAUACCAAAAUUGCGAAAGGACGAGCAAAAAGCACGAAACGCGCUCUUGGCCGAUAUCCAGCAGGGAACUCGCCUAAGGAAAGUGACCCAAAUCAACGACCGCAGUGCGCCACAGAUUGAAAAACCCAAAGGAGCUAACAGAGAUGGAGGUAACCCAGCUGUUAAUAAAGGUGGCUCUCAGCAGCCUCUGGGAGGUUUAUUUGCUGGUGGCUUUCCUGUUCUCAGACCAGCAGGCCAGAGGGACAUGACAGCAGGGAAGCUCUCCGGAGGCCGAGCAGCAUCGCCCAGACCCUCUGCACCGCUGAGCAGCGGCGCUGCCAAGGCGAGCAGCGCCCCAGACGUGCCCCCUCCACUGCCCCCCAAGUCUCCCCACCUGCUGUCACAGUUCCAUAAGCCGAGCAACAUCCAGUCGCUGCCGCUGCCACCCACGCCCAGCCCCCCUCAGCCCGCAGCCGUGGGGGAGAUCAGGAAGAAGAGACCCGGCCGAGGCGCAGGAACCGGUGCUGGGAAGCUGGUCACACCUCCACAGCCACCUGCAAGAUCCCCAACAACUGAACUUACAAGCAAGUCUGGAGUCUCAGCCUGGGCUACAGCUCAUGACCCCUACACACCACUUAAAAAUGGAAAUAUGCACAUCAUUGAUGACUUUGAAUCAAAAUUUACUUUCCAUUCUGUGGAAGAUUUCCCCCCACCUGAUGAAUUCAAACCAUUUCAGAAAACAUAUCCCAGCAAGAUACCCAGAGAUCCCUCUAAAAAUCCUCCAUUAAGAACACACGUGAGAUGAGAAGAGUCUUCUGAUGUUCUCUGGACUAGUAUUAAAAAAGAAGAUCAAGAUAAUAUAUAAGACAGAAGGGGUCCCUGUUGCAGUGAUGUAUUGUACUUGAGUCACAAGUACUGCAAUAUUAACAUUUCUAUAAACUGUAAAACAAUAUAAAUUAUACCUUUUGAACUGGCCUACAUACUACAGGAAUGUUAGUACAGGCUUUUAAAUUACUGUAUAUAGGUGAAUAUUUUUAAGCAAAGCAGCAUAAAAUUUAAAUUCUUUGUAGUGUUGAAACAAUUGUCAUUCUUAUUGUGCUGACAGUGUUACCUCAGAAUGUUUUGUGCUACAUGCCUGUAGUUCUUUUUUCCUCUUCCAUCAUAAUUUUUGGAAAUUCUCCAGUUAUUCUUUAGACAUUUUUUUCAAUGAACUGUUAAACUAAUAUGCUAUCUUUAGUCUGUUUUUAUGUUUCCUCACUUCUUUCAUUCUGCCUGGCCUCAGAUUGCAGCAGGAUGUCACUUUCAUGAAGGGAUGGGCCCACAACCCUUUUCUCAUGAAGCAUGAAGAGGAGAUGCCAAGGAGCUGUGGCUGCUAAUGAGCCUACCUCCUAAUGAUUACGUAUCCUUAUAGGAUAGUGUCUGAAGAAGCCCAGCUGGGUAGGGUGGUCAUGGACUUGACAAAGAUGACAGAACCUUUCCAAAGUAGAGGAAAAGGAAGUUGCUCUAUUGUAAGCAAGAAAUGGAAAUGGUGUGUGUGAAUACACGUGCUGUGAUGAGUGUAUGUAAGGGCACAUGUCCUGUCUUUUCCUGCUGGCAAAGUGGGGAUUUACCUUUUCUGUGAUAGACUGCCUUUACCCAGCAAUUCCAAAGCCUUUGGAUGAGGGGUCCAAAACCUACAUUUUAGAGCUACUACUGUUCACAGUGAAGGUUCAUUGUCUGAAACACACCACGUGGAACACUCAGCCCCCAAAGUGGUUCUCGUCUCAAAUAGAGUUGGUUGGGAAAAGUAACAGUCUAGCAGCAGACAAGACUGGAACUACUGCUUUUAAUAUUCAGACCUUGGCUAAGGUGUUUGGAUCACAGAUGUUCAAAUCUGGUCCUAAGAUGUCUGUUUCUAGCAUUUAUUACCCUUAUUCUUGUGCCUUGGGAGGAGUGGUGCCAGGGAGGUGUCAGGGAAGUAAUUCUUCCCCUCUGCUCAGCACUAGUGAGGCCACACCUGGUGUGUGGCCACAUGUGCUGUGUCCGAAUUCUGGGCUCCCCAGUGCAAAGAAGACAUGGCCAUGCUGAAGAGAGAGUCCUACAAAGAUGAUGAAGGGGCUGGAGCAUCUCUCCUAUGAGGAAAGGCUGAGAGAGCUGCGACUGAUCAACCUAGAAAAGAGAAGGCUCAGAGGGGAUGUCUCCAAUGAAUAUAAGUAUUUGAAGGGAGGGUAUAGAGAUGGAGCCAGGCUCUUUUCUCUGAUGUCCAGUGACAGAACCAGAGGAAAUGGGCAGCUGCAACACAGGAGGUGCAGAACAUCAGACAGCACUUUUUGACUGUGCAAGUGAGUAAGCUUUGGUACAGGUUGCCCACAGACCUUGUAGAAUCUCACACCUUAAAGAUAAUCAAAAGCUAUCUGGACUUUGUCCUUGGCAGCUGGCAGUAGGAGACUGUUUGGCCAGGGGUGUUGGACCAGAUGACCUGUAGCCAUCCCUUUCAAUCCUAAGCACCCUUUGAUUCCCCUUUUUACAGCUUUUCUGGGUUCCUAGACCUGGGUUACAACAACCUAAGGCACCGCUGGGAGCAGAGUGGCUGGAAAUCUGCCUGACACUGAAGGACUGGGGUGUGCUGGCUGACAGUGGCUAAACAGGGGCCAGUGUGUGCUCAGGUAGUCAAGAAGGCCAACAACAUGCUGGCUUGAGGAGGUUCAGAGGGGCCCUCAUUGCUCUCUGUAACCCAAAAGGAUACUGUACCAAUGUAGGGGUCAGUCACUUCUCUCAAGUAAAAAGGUACUGGACAAGAAGAAAUGCCCUCAAUCUGUGCCAGGGGAGGUUUAGAUUUGAUAUUUGGAAAAACAUCUUCGCCAGGAAGGUGGUCAGGCAUUGGAGGCUUCUCAGGGAAGUGGUGGAAGUCACCAUUUAAUACCUACAGGUAUUUAAAAUACUUGUAGAUAUGGCACUCAGGUGAUGCCUCAGGUUUUAGCUUUUACAUUUUUCAGAUUCUGUACCGCUUUAGUGUGUAAUUCUGAGCUUCAUAUUAGGGAAUAGUAAGGUCUCUUCACAGAAUAGGUAGACAAAGGACCCUUGGUUCUGGGGACCAAGGGCAAAUGAUCCAAAUUUCAGGCCCAAGAGUAUAAACAACAGUGGAAGGAAGAGAGAAAACCAAGAAGGAUGGGACUUCAUAAUCUAAAGCUAUAAUUGGAUAAUUAACUCCAAUAUGCUAAUGGACCAGAACUUAUAAAAGUGAGAGACCACAUGACUGGUCAUCUAUUUUGUGACCAUUUUGGGUUCAUCUUGGGUGUACUUCCCAAGGUGUAGUCAUUGAGGCCUUCUAAUAAUACCUGCUUUAUUCUUUAACUCUGUCUAGUCUCUGUUCUAGGUCAGCCUUCACAAGGCAUAACAGAGACAUGGUUUAGUGGUGGACUUGGCAGUGCUGGGUUAACAGCUGGAUUAGAUGAUCUCAAGAGUUGUUUUCCAGUAUAAAUGAUUCCAUGAUUCACCAGUCUGAAAAAGAAUACUGCUGUUCCAGGGUGAGUCUGGUGCUAACAGCCAGGCUAUUACAGUUAGGCAUUAAUUUAUAUAAUUGCCAUCAAUUCCCCUCAGUUAGAGGUGUAAUAAUGUUAUAUAGGUCAUUGAUGAUCUUUCCCCAUGGUAUUGCCUUUGAACAAAACUUUUAGGAAAAGACAGGUAACUGCAUCUUUACAUCCCUGCUUUUCUCUUUGUUGUUACAGCAGCUCAGUUAUGCUGUAACUAUUCCCACACAUACACAUUCAUGGUGUGAGAGGGUGUAGGGGUAAGAAGCUCUUCACCCAUAGGACUCCCAAGAAAUCAACAUUAAUCUGUUUUUAGCCUAUUGUGAUAACUUGCUGUACAUCAGGUGAAAAGAAAAAAAAGUGGUGAUGCUUUGACCAAUAGUGUCACUUACUGUAGUUACCUGAUAAAUAUGCAUGAAUGUAGUAACAAACAGAGGUCUACAUCUACAUUGCUUCUCAAACAACUGGAAAAGUUGAAUACUGUUUUAAAAACUAUUUUGUUACAGUAUUAUUAAAAGUGGCAUAUUGUUGGCUCUCCUUUACUCUGGAAUUUUUGUACUUCUCUCUAGUAAGUACCUUCCUAAGGAUUUUAAAACUAAUUCUAGACUACCUGCCAGCAGAUACAUAAAGGAGAAGAAAAUUUUACUCCAUUUUUUAUUAUGGUUUGGGUAUUUUAGAAAUAAACAGCAUCUUUCAAGGAUGAAA